UCAAGCCGAACCCAUCAAAAACCCUUCAUUCUUUACGGCUCUCUCGCGCUGCUGGAAUUGGAGGAACAAUAAUUCCGGAAUUUAUUUCGUUUUCCUGCAUCGGAAGUGAUCAAUCACGGUCGUGUGCGUACGUGUGUGCGUGUGUGUGUGCUGAGUCAGCAGCGUUUGUUUCGGACCAAACGGCACCAGCCCAGCUUCAAGCCCAGUCGUCGUGGUGCGUUUCAGUCAGUUCUGGUCGGAGUGCUGCUGCAAACCUCCCCCGUUACCCGUUUCUCAUCCUGGUGGUCUGGUCGCUCUCUCGCUGGUCUGCUGGUUUGCAGACGAAGCAAAGUGACCGCCGCACAAUCACGCCUCCUUCUCCACCUCCGCGCUGCUUCAACGUCGUCGGGUGGGGAGCAAAAAUCGACCUGCCUUUUGGGCUAGAGACUUUUGCCUUCCCUGCUUUUUGGCUGCCCCGAGGGCUAUGCUGUGUCGCGGCUAACUCAAUCGGAAAAUCGCUUGGCACCGUCGAAACAGGAAGCAUCGCUAAGAACACGGAGAGCCCGGCAGAGAGUGAAACGCAACAGUUAAUCCGUAUGGGAAACUAACAAGAUUUGGCUUUUAGUUGCCUUGCCAGGCGCGCUUCAGUGUGCGUGGUGUAUGAACACGAAGUGGUGAAACCAGUGGCACUGCGAAGUGAAUAAUAGAAAAAGGAUAAUAAUUGUGCGUGUGUGUGAGAGAAAGAGAGUGUGUGAAAAGCCCAAGCAGACGCACGGAGGUGGUGGCACGGUGGCCUCUAAUUAGACACAACGGUUUCGAAAUGAAUACCCAUCUGCAAGGAUCAUCGCCCAGAUCGCCCGCACCGUCACCCGAUCCUGACGUUGACGAGGGUAGCUCGAAAAAGCAGGCAACAAGAGUGUUUAAGAAAAGUUCUUCAAAUGGCAAAAUCACCGUAUACUUGGGAAAACGUGACUUCGUCGACCACAUCACGCAUGUCGAUCCGAUAGAUGGUGUCGUGCUGAUAGAUCCCGACUAUGUGAAGGAGCGGAAAGUUUUCGGACACGUACUGGCCGCCUUCCGGUACGGGCGUGAGGAUCUGGACGUGCUGGGACUAACCUUCCGAAAGGACCUUUAUCUGGCAUCCGAACAGAUUUAUCCACCGCUGGAAACGGACCGGCCGCUCACCCGGCUCCAGGAGCGGCUGAUCCGGAAGCUGGGCGCGAACGCGUACCCGUUCUACUUCGAGGUGCCGCCCCACUGUCCGGCCUCGGUGUCGCUGCAGCCGGCCCCGGGCGAUACCGGGAAACCGUGCGGCGUGGACUACGAGCUCAAGGCCUUCGUCGGCGAGUCGCAGGAGGACAAACCGCACAAACGGAACUCGGUCCGGUUAGCGAUAAGGAAAAUCAUGUACGCACCCUCGAAGCUGGGCGAGCAGCCGUCGAUCGAGGUUAGCAAAGAGUACAUACUGAAACCAAAUAAAAUUCACCUCGAGGCGAGUCUGGACAAGGAGCUUUACCACCACGGCGAAAGCUUGUCGGUGAAUGUACAUAUAGCGAAUAAUUCAAGUAAAACAGUUAAGAAAAUCAAAGUGUCGGUCCGACAGUUUGCGGACAUCUGUCUCUUCUCGACGGCACAGUACAAGUGCACGGUAGCGGAGGUAGAAUCCGAAGACGGAUGCCAGGUUGCCCCCGGAUUCACGCUUUCGAAAGUGUUUACGCUGACGCCACUGCUGGCCAAUAAUAAAGACAAGUGGGGACUGGCACUUGACGGGCAGCUGAAGCACGAGGACACCAAUCUGGCCUCGAGCACGCUGUCUCGCACACUGGUGGAUGGAAAAUAUAGAAUUGCUGACCCUUCACAACGAGAAAACCUGGGCAUUAUUGUGCAGUAUAAAGUAAAGGUUAAGCUGUGCAUCACUCCUCUUGGCGGAGAUUUGGUGGCAGAGCUACCGUUCAUACUCAUGCACCCGAAGCCGGACGAUGACGAACCCGUGAUAGGCGACCGGUCGCCCGGCCGAACAGUCAACAGUGCGGACCGAAAACACUCCUACCAGGCCGGUCACGAGAUGGGCUCGCACAGCAACAACGGGGACGCACACGCCUCCAAAGAGGACGGUCCCAAUCUAAUUCAGCUGGACGGGGACGACAACUGUCCGGAUGAUGAUAUUAUAUUUGAGGAUUUCGCUCGAUUACGCUUGAAGGGCGCUGAAACAGAAGCUUAAGGAUUAACAGCGUUUGGACCGUUUCGUGCGAUGGGCGUCGGCUGCUAACGUGUGUUGUUGUGUGCAUUUCCCGAGAAGUAACUUCUGCCGAGGGGAGGAUACACCGGUUCAAACCCGCCACCACCGGUUACCCUCAGUCAACAAAGGUGUGCGAGAGACAAACACACGCGCCACGCACUUACGCUACAAGCGCCAUUGGUCAAGGCAUGGCCCAAGGUCGUUUGGUUAGCAGAACGUUCACAACAACAGCAGCAAACAAACAACAA